GUUUGAAUCUGUUGCUGUUAGAGUAAAGAACGGAGAGGGUAGCUGAGAUAUGACUGUAGAUUAAAAUUAAUAAUAUAACAGAAAAUGAGUGUUUCCAGUGUACCGGGUACAGUCAUGGAUUUACAGAGUCAAGCACAGAUGUUUGAAGCCUGUAUUCAGGGAUAUAAGGGAGAUGAUCCUCUGGAUUUAUGGGAAAGAUAUUUGCUCUGGGCUGAAGAGGCUCUUCCACUACAAGAAAAACAAAAUGUUUCAUGUUUACUGGAACGUCUAGUACGUACCUUUGUGGGAGAUAAGAGGUAUUACAAUGAUGAGAGGUUCCUCACCUGCUGCAUCAAAUUUGCUAAGUUUAUCAAUGAGCCGUUACAGUUCUUUGAAUACCUACAUACCCAAGGAGUGGGACAGCUAUCAGCGGCCCUUUAUGUCACAUGGGCUCAGCUGCUGGAAUCGCUAGGAGAUGUGCAGAGCGCCAGCAAUCUGUUUCAAAAGGGGUUUCAAAUCCAUGCUGUGCCAAGGGAAGUCCUGGACCAUCACUACAGGGCCUUCCAGAUCAGGAUGUCUCAAAAGAAUCUAACUAACCGAAGCUCCUCCAUAGAAGCAUUUCAUAAUCCCCGUAUACUCAGUCAGACUGUUCCAACGCCGUUAAAUGCUGAUCCAUCGUCAGUUUCCAAGUGUCAGAGUUCCCUAUCUGCUGAGAACCAUAAUCCCAUUGCAAGAAACAUUCCAUCAUCCACUUAUGCUUCUGAGCCAUGUGGUGCACAGAGGGUCACCGUUAUUUCCAAGUCGGCUGUGGUUCCUACACGUGCAUCGUCAUCUGCUGGAGAACUCAAGCAGGUUCCCAUGUACUGCAAGGAUAAGAUGGUGUUUGAGGACUCUGAGAUGUCAUUUGAGGAAUUUCGAGCAAAUAUCUACAGAAGAAAAUAUGAGCAGCGACAGAAGAUGGAACAGCUCGAGGAGGAGGCAAAACUAUACAGAAAAAUGAAGGAAGAAGAGGCUCUCAGUGAAAAUCUCUUGAAGCAGAAGAUGGAACAGUUGAGUAGUCUGUUACAUAAUCAAGAAGCAACACCCCGGUCAACAGCGCCCAAACCCGUUCAACCGUCGCCUAUAAACCCCAACAUGCCAAUAGCACCUGAACUCAACACUCCAAGUCUUCCAGCCCUUUCUGCGCUCAAUGACCAGAGGACGGAUCAGCUGCAGACUUCCAUAUCUGGUCUUCACAACUCUCAUGGUGUGUCAUUGCCUACCAUACAUCAGCUGUCCACUAAUCCAAUGGAGCAUAUUGGAACUGAUACACUUAGGGCUGCUCCUGCUGAAAUAAAUCCGUCUCCACUUGAAGUCUCGAGGUUGGAUCAGAAUCACUAUUCUAGCUUUUCCAAACCUGACCUUCAAGUGCAUCAAAUGCCGGACUGUGGUUCUUCAGAGGGCAUGUUUACUAAGCAAACAUUUGUACAAGACAAAACCGGUCCUGUUUUUCCUGAUGGCUCUAAAGAAUGGUGUCUGGACAGCAGCACACAAGGCGCAAAAUUACAACCAAGAAUAAAGGAAGUAUCUGGAGCUUGCAACACUUCCGGUUAUGCCAACAUAUCACAUGCUACUCCAAACACUUCGCUAGGUUUGGUUCAGGCAACGCCAUCCAAAGUUCUUCCCUCACCCACCGUCAACACCAAGGAGGCUCUUGGGUUCAUUAUGGACAAGUUUCUUACGCUUCCAGUUGAAGAGUUGGAGGAAGACCGUCUGUCUGAAACACAUGAUCCAGCGGAACAGGAGUUUGAGGCAUUUUGCCGAAAUGACAACAAUGUAAAUAAUUCUAAAGUCGUCUUGGACAUUCGGAAUGUUGUACCUGCAUUACCCCCUGCAUUCUGCAUUUUUGAAGAUGAUCUAAACAAAGAGAAUGAUGUGCCAUCACUGAGCAAACCGGUGGAAGUCAGAUCGUUUGGUGAACGUCCUGUGCUAAGAGCGCCUUUAAAACCUAAAGAAGAAGUGAAAGUUGCUGAGUCCUUAGUUGAUGACAGUACCGUGUGGGCUAUUCGUUGCAACAAAACACUGGCCCCCAGCCCUAACAGCACUGGAGACUUUGCUAUGGCUGCUCAUCUCGCUUCUACACCUGCCAACAGGCCAAAAGACCAGUCGUGGCAAAUACUGGAAGAUAAAGAAAAUGCAGUCGGUGACAAUGGUGGACACUUGGUUUUUGAUGCUUCUGAGGAAAAGUUUAUUCAAGCAUCCAAAACAAGGAAACUCAGCCCCAUUCUGGAGCAAAGUCCAGAGCAGUCCAACAUACAAGUAACUGCACAGUCGUCGUCGUCAAGCGGCACAUUUCUGCCAGAUGGUGUAGGAGCUGGCGUGUCAUCUGAUGAAAUAGAGGAGACUGGGAAACACUUGGCUGCUUGCAAACUUUCAGACACAUUACAUCAAACUACGCUCACAAAUGUUGAUCCUCUAAUAUUAUCAAUGCAAGAGCAUAGUGAGUCUCAGGUGUCGGAGAAGGAAGACCCUGAUGGAACAACAGAAGAGAUUAAUGAAUCCACUGAAGAAAUAAUAAUUGAAAACCCCUGGGAUGAAAACCUAAUUGCUCGUCUGCUUUCUGAGUUGCCAAAACCAAUUAAUUCCAUGAGCACUUAUCACCAGUGGAAUACAAACCUUCCGACGUUCAAGCCCAAGACAGAAAUAAAGCUGGGAUCCAAACCAUUUUACAUAAAUUUCCUGGCUGGUGAAGGCGCAUUUGCUCACGUCUAUCAGGCAUCUGAGGUGGAUGCGGAUGGGCAGAAAAAACAGAUGGUUAUGCUUAAGGUACAAAAGCCAGCAAAGCCCUGGGAGUUCUACAUUGGAACACAGAUAACUGAGAGGAUAAGCCCGGAUCUGCGUCACCUUUUUAUUGACUUCCACUCUGCACAUCUCUUCCGGAAUGGAAGCGUUUUAGUUGGCGAUAUCUAUAAUCAUGGAUCAUUACUGAACGCCAUCAAUCUGUACAAGAAGCUGGGUGAGAAAGUGAUGCCAGCGCCGCUGGUCAUGUAUUUUACUAUAAAUAUCCUUUAUAUGGUGGAACAGCUUCACAAUAUUGGGAUUAUUCAUGGUGACAUAAAGCCUGAUAACUUUGUCAUAGGAGAAAAGUUUAUUGAGAAUGCGAGUUGCUCCCUUGAUUUGGUGUCUCACGGCCUUGCACUGAUAGAUCUGGGUCAGAGCAUCGAUAUGAACCUCUUACCUAAAGGAACCGUAUUUACUGGAAAAUGUGAGACCUCUGGAUUUCAGUGUAUUGAAAUGCUGAACAAGAAGUCGUGGACGUAUCAGAUAUGA